AUUAGAAGCUUACAUGAUUAUUACUUAUGGAUGAAUAUUAGAUAGAGAUAAUGUUCUACUCAGUUUGAGCCUGAGUUGUGAACUUCCUUCCAAAUUGAGAAUGGGAGUUUUAUCAUUUCUCUCACUUCCACCAUGUACUGCUUCAGUCUCUGCUUCUCCAAGGUGUACUGAGGAUGCAAAGAGCUCGAACAACAAAAUUUCUACGUUAAUAACGAAAAAAUAUUGUUCAAGAAGGUUGAUUCUUCGGUUUAUAGGUAUUAACCACAUAUUAUGUUAUGGUUCUCCUGCUUUGGCUGCACCAAUCAUGGACAUGAACGAACCAGAAGUCAUAAGGACUUUGAAGCUAGCCAGUGGAGUGAGAAUUCAAGUUGUUACUGAAGGGGAAGGACCAGAAGCACACGGGGGCGAUUUGGUUGAAUUCAAUUGUGUAUGCAGACGUGCAAAUGGAUACUUUGUUUUCAGUACAGUAGACCAAUUCAAUGGAGAAAGUAAUCCUGUUAUACUUCCUCUGGAUGAGGACCAGAUGAUAUUGGGGUUAAAGCAGGUCUUGACUGGCAUGAGAGUUGGUGGAAAGAGAAGGGCAUUGAUUCCACCUUCAGUAGGAUAUGUAGACGAGAACUUGAAGCCAAUACCUGAAGAGUUUGGCCCUCGACGCAGUCUUCUUUCUCAUGCACAAGAGCCUUUGGUAUUUGAAGUUCAACUCUUGAAAAUUCUGAGUGUGCCACAACAAUCUGAAUUUAAUUAGUUUAGAUUUUAUUUUCUUCUGUCAAUUGGAUUUCAUUGUUUUAUAUAUGAUGAAGUACAUAGUCUUGAUCUUCUAAAGACCAUAGAGGGAAGCAAUGAUUUUUUUCAUAAAGAAAUAGAAGGGUGAUCAGAACAGAGCUGUGUUAGAUAGGAUGGAAAUUGGAUAAUGUUUGAGGAAUGUGGAUUUAUAUAUGUAAAAACAGCAUACAUCCUUAGAUUUUGGCUGCAACUAGAAAAAUAACGCAGUGCACAUUUGGUAUCACGGUGAACCGUUAUAAUCUUGCAAAAAUUAAAUUGUACCGUUUCCGAAA